AAGUCACAUGGGCUGAAAAAGGCAAGUUGACCUGCGACGGCAACAGGAGACAACAGACAGACAGACGGCGCAAUCGCAGAGAAUCAGCUCGAUGUUACCGCAGAAUGGCCUUCCCCUUCGGUCGCAGCAGGCGCAGCAACCGCUUAUGUCGUCGAAUCCCGCUGGAUUCGACGCUUCAUUUUUCAAUCUAGAUGCUUCGCAGGCUGCCAAGCAGAUGGCAGCACUUUCUGCGGCGAGCAAUGCUAGAAUGGCGAACAGUCGUUCCGCGUCAGUGGGCGGAACAAGUUCGGGGUCAUAUCUCGGUGGAAUUACCUCUGGCAUGCAUUCGAACGUCAGUCAUGACCAGUCCAUUUCUGCUGGAGGCCACCCAAAUUUGAACGCCCAUUCUUUGCCGCAACCGGCCAAUACCUCUUUCCUCGAUCCCUCCAUGUCAAAUCCUGCUGCUCCUCGUCCCGGCCCUUCCUCUGCCCAGUACAGGCAGCGGCACCAGGGCUUCCUCGCCGGUCUCGCCAACAUCAUGGCAAAACGGAACACGCCGCUGCCACCUGCUCUCAUCGGCAUUUCCACCCCAAAUUACGAUCCCAACACUUCCCAGUUCAAAAUGAUCGAACCCUCCCAGACAGAGAUUGGCUGCUUCCGUUUGGCUGGGAGAGAUAUAGAUCUUUUCAAGCUCUGGGGUCUGACAAUACAGCAGGGAGGAGGCUCGGUGAUUGGAAACCCUGGUACUUGGGCGGCAAUCGCGUCCCAAUUCGAUCUUCCCGAAGAACUGCCUCAGCCUCAUGCUAGUGGCACCACGUCAAGCGCCCAUGCCCUUCAGGCAUGCUAUAUGCUUAUUCUGGCGCCGUUUGAAGACUUGUACAAAAAGAAUGUCCAAGAUCAGCAGAGGAAGGCACAGCUGUCUUCAAGGCAGGGAAAUGUGAUGAACCAGCGUCCCGGCACACCCACUAGACCAGGUCAAACUGUAGCGAACGGAAUGCAGUCUGGGUUCCCUAACCAGACACCGAGGGGCCUGUCUGGUUUUUCAUCCGCCAACGCUCUGGCGCCGCAAACAACACAUCAAGGCAGCACUGUGUCAUCUGUUCCACAGCCUGGUCCGAGCGUUACACAGAUUUCUGUACCUCAAUCUGUCGACGCGUCUCAUGUCGGAGAAGGACAAUCAUCUGACACAAAUGUUCUCGAGGACAUUCAAGGGGGAAUAAAGCGGAAGCUUGAUACUGAUGACGGCGAGGGCAAACGAGCGCGACAGAAGACCGGUUCGGAGCUAGCUGAUGCUAAUACGUCGGUAGCUGCAGCAUCUAACUCUGAUCCUUCUCAGUCAGUGUCCACUAUGGCAGGUCCAACACGAACACGGACGCAGCCUCUUCGUCGGAAAAUUGAGUACGUCCCAUACGCACGCGAGGUUGAAACCUAUGGCGGCCGGGACCUCAAAGGUAUCGAGGCAGAACUCGCUCCGCAUCGCGAGCGUCCAUUACGAGACAUCAAUGACUGGGGAACCGUAGACAUCGAGGCCAUAACCUUGUCCCUCAGCUCCAGGAUUUCUACCGAGCUGUCGUACGCGUUAACGACACUCACCAUACUUUCAACCAUGAAAGGCCAAAGCCCUGGCUCAGGUUUCCCUCUUCACCAGUGCGGGGAUCUUUUUGACGAACUGCUUGACUUCAUGGAGGAACUUGCCUUGGAAGGUGUCCAAGUCCAAGACACAUUCGAGCUCAGUACAACGGGAAUCGACAUACCAACCCAUCGGCAAUUGGUGAAUGCAGUGUAUGAGGCAGAAGCCAUGCCUUUUGCUGGUCUUGAACGACGGCAAGGCAGUGCUGAUCUACACUGGGGUUUGCGCCCGAGACCAGGGGAUACCAUUCUCAUGGUUCUCACCAUUAUUCGCAACCUCACGAUGGUCGGCGAAAAUAUUGGUUUCAUAUCCCAACAACAUCGGCUCGUUGAUCUGCUACUCCGACUAUGUGUAGUGGUGAGAGAGGGAGUUAGCCUUCGUGCAUUUGCGCCAGCUCUGUCUCUCAGCGAUUUGAUCGCAGUCCGCAAAGACACUAUGGUUAUCUUGAGCUGCAUCGCCGGCCAUAUACUCUUCUCUCACCCCAGUAGUCCAUCUAAGGGAACGCUGAAAACGGCCACUAGGCUUUUUCAGCUGUGCUCGUCAUACAUCAUCGAUCCUGUCGAAGCUGUGUCGCCAAUGGCUUAUGUUCAACUCAAGGGAACACCAAAUCACGCCCCUCCUUCUUUGGCUGAUUUGUCUUUAGAGGUGUUCACCCGGUUGAGUCAACUAGACUCGAAUCGACAAGUAUUCGCGAAGGCGAUACCCUCGGCAUCCAUCUUCCUCCUCUUCUCAUCACUUGUUCAUCGAUUGCCAAUAUCCGACGUUGAUUUUCAGGUGAUUACCCGCGAAUCGUGGCUGAGCUACUUGGAAAGAGUAGUUAUGGGCAUCUACUCUUUAGCAUUUCUUGCAUCUCCUUCGCUAAAGAACAAAGUGAAGACAGAUCGCGCGAUGGGUUUCAAGGGUGUCAUGCUUCGCAUGAUACAGAAGUUUUUGAUGCAUUCAAAUCCAGAUGCGCGGGCCCAUUAUAUGGUCUGCGCGAGAAGGGCAAUUGAAGCCAUGAAGGUGCUGGAUGAUGGCGAGGAUUCGUUCGAUACAUCCAAAUCGGUGGCGCCAACAAUGUCAUUCGGGAUGGGAUGGGGGGAGGUUGGAGAUGCUAGCUCUGAACAAGGAACCGGACUUCUUGGUGGACAUCGUACAUUAGCUUGGGAUUUGCUGAUGCAACGGGAAGUCUCUGCUGACGAGGUGAUGUUCGGAGAGCUGGAGAGCCUGGCGCGGGUUGAGUGCUAAGGACAUCUGCUUUCAUUAUAUAUAUAUAUAUAUGGAUUGAAUUGUACUUUGCUGUGUAUCCGUAUGUAACUGCUACGCCAGUUUUCUGUUUUAGCAUGACCACACGUG